AUGAAGCGACCUGCUUAUGAGCAUGACGACUCUCUCGAGGACACACAGGAUGAUUCAGAGGGAGGUCCUGGAUGGAAACACGCUCCGAUCAAACGAUUUCAGAGAUGUACCAUUACACCCAAAGACUGCAGUUGGACUUUUCCAGAUGGACAUUUCAUGGCUGGAUUGGGCAACACUACUCCUCCUCUCCAACACUAUGAUCUCUACACUCCUCCAACCGUCCCGGUCUACGGGAUGGAUGCAGGAAUUCACAAGAAUAUCUUUUAUCUUCGCGAAAACUUACCGCUCUCCCCUGAAAUGUCCCGCUCUUCAACCCCUUGCAGCGAGGAGCUUCCCCCUCUCGUCCAUUCUGAUCUGGACCCUCCUCCACAGAGUCAUGACGCAGACUCCGAUGAGGAUUCCUUGCCAGAGUCGCUGCCAGAGUCUUUGCCAGACUACACUGAGGACAUUUCUCGUCCAAUCACCCCUCAAAGCUUUGACUCAGGCUCAACUCGCCGCUUUGCUUCCUCAGAUCAUUCUUUAUUUACUUCUUUUGCCGAACCUCACUUCAGCUCUGUCUUUGCCAACAAGCUUACUUUCACCCCUGAUGUGUCCAUCUGGCUCAAGAAAACAUCUUCCGAGAUUGAACUAAAAGACGCUCUUGUCGGCGCUGAACAGCAGAGCCUGGCGUUAGAGCAUUCUUUUCUUUCCGACCUACCUGAACGGGCUCGGGACAGGAUCUUGUCUUACUGCACCCCCGGCACGCCAGCCUGUCGUUCCCUCGAAAGUUCUUCGGACAAUGAGACGGAACAAGAUUCUAGUACGUCUGAAGCUGCCUACCAAGGCGCUUGCAGUAGUCAUGUAAAUCAUUACCCCGUUCUGCCUCAUCCUGAUAUCAAGAAAUCCUCGAAAAGUCAGACAAAGCACCCAGCUAUGGAGAUUGAUCCUUACGGUUUUGGUAUGAGCAAUUCAAACAUUGCGAGCUUGCCGGAAUGCGUUCGCGCCAGAAUCAUGUCAUUCUGCACUGAGCCGCGAGACCUCAUGGCCCUCAUCAAAUCAUCUCCUGUCUUCCUUCAACCAUUUCGCCUGAACCGUCAUGCCAUCGUCAGCCAAGUUACCAACAGCAUGAGGUUCCGCUUUGGUGGUGACAUGCCUCACAGUUGUCUUAUGGCAGCACGUCUUCGCAACAUGGAUUCAAAGAGUGCUGACGUUAGACCUGAAGCUCUCAAGGUCAGGGCUAGAAGGAUCAUCACGACAGCUCUGAAGCUUUCUCACAGGGGGGCACUUCUUCAUCCUUUGUACAGCCUUCGACUUCUUAUGUUUAUUUCAGAUACUCUAGACAAAACAGAAAGUCUGAUGACGAGAUACGCGCACCAGGCCUCGACAAAUAAACUUGGAGUCAAGAAACUGGGACAUUCUUAUAUUUCUGAAGGUCUCGCGCUCUCUCAGACCGAGAGGAAAAGGUUCAUGGAUGCUAUCUGCCUGUACGAUGCUUAUUGUACAGCUUUCUUCUCUGAAAAUGCUGUUUCAUCUCAUGAUGAUACCGCGCUACGACAGAGCUUCUUUGAAGAUGAUGGCGUGCCGGAUGAAAUCAUCAAGCGGUUCUACAGCAUCACCCUCUACCUAAAGAACCUCUACCUAGAUUGGUUAAGUGUUGCCCUAAUGAAAAAGCAUCAUGACCAUCCUGUAAACGGCGAGAACCCCAGCCUUUUGGCCCCUUCGGUAAAGCACAUCGACCCACUUAUCAAUCAUUUUAUCUGUAGCGGGCCAAGUGUUCUCCGAAUGUUGCAAGACCAGAGGGCUCCGGUACGGUAUGACUUUCUUUUAAGGUUGCUUGACCGCUGCGAGACAGAUGCAGAAUAUCUCAGGAGCAUCACGGCGGUACGGGGCAAAGGAGUUAAACGAAGCUGGGCAUAUAGCGAGAUGGCGGGUCUGACUCAGCAAGAGGUACUCACGGCACAGCAUUUCUGGGAUCCAGGCCUUGUCGAGAGUAUGAAGGCGACGUGCCAUCGCAGGCCCACAAUUGAGACACAGGUGCGAAGAAUACUUGACGCCUAGCCUUUCUCAACACUUUUUCUUCACUACUUCGGUAUGGAUUGUACACCCACCAUGCUGUUUUGCAUUAGAAAGUUAGACUAGCAAGCAAUAAAAAUACUUAACUUGAGGAUCGGAACACCAAGCUUGCC